AUGCCAUCUUCCAUGCUAAUAAAUUUGUGUAAAUAUCGAUGUGGGACAGGGAAGUGUUUAUCCUGGUUAUUCUGGAUAUCUGCAACGCUUUCAACCCCUUGCCGUGGGCCAUUAUGGUUAGGGCAUUGGAGCGGGUUCCGCUUUGUCCCUACGUUAUUGAACAUUGCCUAUGACAGUGUCCUCCGAAUUGCGAUGCCAGGAGGCUCCCGUGUUGUCUACCUUGCGGAUGACACGGUCUUCCUGUCAUCGGAAUGGAACCUAUCUCAGACUAUCAUAAACGCUGAGCGUGGCUUGUACGUUUUGGUAGAGGAGAUCGAUGGGUUGGGUCUUAACGUGGAGCUGCAAAUGCCGGAGACCGUGGCCUUCCUUGCCUCUGCCUUCUGCAAACGCAGAAAUGUCCCGCCCCCUAAGAUUUGCCUUAGUGGUGUUUGCGUACAAAUUACUACAAGCGUUAAAUACCUGGGCAUAGAAAUAGAUUCAAAAAUGUCGUUCUGGCCCCACUUCGAUGCCCUAAUCCCUAAAGCGGAGGGAGUCCUCUGGUCCAUUAGGAGGCUACUUCUGUUUAGUAAGGCUGUAUUGGGUACUCCUGCCAGAAGGAGGGCAAUAGAAGCGUGGAAGUAUUGGGAACUUGUGCUCGUAGGAGCACCAGCAGCAACGAGAGUGCGUGCGAGGGCACGUAUUGCUGAAUAUUUAGCUGAACGGAUUGGUAGGCCGCUCUAUAUCGGAACGACAUUUCACACCACACAACUGAUGAUUGAACAUGUCUAUUUCCCGGUGCACUAUAAUAAGAUAAGGAUGAGUCAUUCCGCAUGUUGUUUCCAUUGCGGAGAGAAUGGGAAUACAGUUGAGCACAACCUGGUUGGCUGGCCGGCAUGGGUGGAUGCCAGGAAUGAGCAGAUCGGUGCGAUUAAGGUAGGGCAGCUAACCCAUCCCGUGAUUGUCAGGGUCUCCCCUGUCCCGGAGAGAUGGGCGGCCUUCCAGACCAUCGCAGGGUGGAUCAUGCGUGCAAUGGAGGACGCUGAUAGACACAGGGAACGGACGCAAGAAGAAGGAAGUAUGAGUGAGUGUGCGGGUGUGUAUGUGGCCAGGUACGAUAGGCCGCAUAGAAGUGUAGCUCCUGUGCGGCGACCUCGUGCAAGGCUCUGA